AUGCUGCUUCGACUAGUGCGAAGCGCCGCAGCAGCAAGGGCAAGGGGGGCCGGGGUGGUGGAGGUGGCAGCGGUGGUGGUGGAGGUGGCAGUGGGAGCGGUGGUGGGGGCAGCGGAGGGAGUGGCGGCAGUGGAGGCGGUGGGUCUGGUGGUGGCAGGUCUGGACCUCGGUGUGGAGGCCCUGGUGGUGGUCAGCGACAGCAGCAGCAGCGUCGGAGCGAGACCCAGUCGCUCCAGCAGCUCCGUGAGUGGUUGGUUCAGCGUGGGACGGGUAUAG